GAUGAGAUGGAUUUUACCCCAUGGCUUUACUCUUUCCUGCCACGUCGGCUGCCGUAGUGGACUACACAUCCCAAAGAUAACGUAAGGAGUGUCUUUUCAACUACCGACACAGAUAAUCAACAAUCGAACUGAUUCUGUUCGAAGCACCAGCCAAGAGUGGACGAUGAGGCUGAAGGAGAUUCUAAGGACGGCUACCCAGGCAUGGAGUCCUGCAGCUCACCAUCCUGCUUACUUAGCCUUGGGCACCUCUGCCCAGCAGCUGGAUGCCUCCUUCAACACUACUGCUGCCCUGGAGAUCUUCGAGAUGGACUUUGCAGAUCCAUCUGUAGAGAUGAAACUCAGAGGAACCCUUGCCACCUCUAACAGGUUCCACAGUCUGAUCUGGGGGCACUUCGGUUUGGGAACAGAUGGCUCUGCUGGAAGGCUUGUGGGCGGAAGUGAAAAUGGCACGAUCACAGUGUACAGCCCAGAAGUCAUUCUGGCCUCGGGAGAGGAGGCCAUUGUUGGCCAGGCCACCAAACACACAGGUCCAGUUAAAGCACUAGACUACAACCCUUACCAAAGUAACCUACUGGCAUCUGGGGCAAACGAUUCCGAAAUAUACAUCUGGGACUUGAACAAUUUCAACAACCCUAUGACACCGGGAACAAAAGCACAGCCGGCUGAAGAUGUCAGCGUUGUGGCAUGGAACAGACAGGUUCAGCACAUCCUGGCGUCGGCCAGUCCCAGUGGAAAAGCUGUCGUCUGGGACCUGAGGAAGAACGAGCCCAUCAUCAAGAUUAGCGACCACAGCAACAGGAUGCAUUGCUCUGGGAUGCUGUGGCACCCGGAGGUGGCCACUCAGCUGGUCCUGGCCUCAGAAGAUGAUCGGCUGCCCGUCAUUCAGAUGUGGGACCUCCGCUUCGCCACGUCUCCUCUCAAAGUCCUGGAGAAUCACACAAGAGGGAUUCUCUCCAUAUCGUGGAGCCAAGCUGACCCAGAGCUGCUUCUCAGCAGCGCCAAAGACAACAGGAUCCUCUGCUGGAACCCCGCCACUGGAGAGGUGAUCUAUGAGUUGCCCACUACCAACCAGUGGUGCUUUGAUGUCCAGUGGUGCCCCAGGAAUCCAGCCCUGUUGUCCGCUGCCUCGUUUGACGGGCACAUCUGCGUCUACUCGGUGAUGGGAGGCAACCUGGAGGCUGUGCAGCAGAGCAGUGUGGAUAAGAUAUCAGCAUCAUUUGAUGCCAUGGACCCCUUUGGGACUGGCCAGGUCCUUCCUCCCCUGCAGAUGCCCCAGUCACCCACCCAGCAAGCCACCAUCAUCCCGCCCCUCAGGAAGCCCCCCAAGUGGGUCAGACGCCCAGUCGGGGCCCGCUUUGCGUUCGGGGGGAAGCUGGUGACCUUCGAGAGCCCCAAGCCCCCCCAGCAGCCUGCCCCCUCGCUCACCCCGCGGCAGGUGUUCGUGAGCCAGGUCACCACGGAGACGGAGUUCAUCCAGCGGUCGCGGGAGCUGCAGGCGGCUCUCCAGUCCGGGUCCUUCUCCACCUACUGCCAGGCCAAGAUCCAGAACGCCCCGUCCGACUGCGAGCAGGACGUCUGGAAGUUCCUCAUGGUCAACUUUGAGGAAGAAGCUCGUGUGAAGUUCCUGAAGCUCUUAGGUUUCAGCAAAGAUGAAUUGGACAAGAAGAUUUCCACAUGUUUGGGGAAGAGCCUUCAGCCCAAUGGUCAUGGUGUGGAUGCCAAUGACCUGGCUGAGAAGAUGCAGGCCCUAUCUGCUGAGAGAGCUAGUGAGUCUCCUGCAGCUGGAAGUCCACGUUCAGUGUCCCCAGCUGAUUUCUUCAGUCAGAUCCCCAAAGAGAAGCCCAUCUUCCAAAUCCCAGUCUCUGCAGACACGGACGGCCUGAUCAGCCAGGCGCUGCUGGUGGGCAACUUUGAGGGGGCGGUGGAGCUGUGCCUGAGUGACGGCCGCUACGCCGAGGCCAUCCUGCUGUCCAUCAGCGGCGGAGAGGAGCUGCUGAAGAGGACGCAGCAGAGAUACCUGGAGCGCCAGAAGAACAGCGUGUCCAUGCUGAUCUCAUCGGUGGUGACGCAGAACUGGCAGGACAUCGUGCAGAGCUGCGAGCUGGACAACUGGAAGGAGGCCCUGGCUGCCCUCCUGACCUACGCCCACCCGGAGGAGUUCGCCCCGCUCUGUGACACACUGGGUGCUCGCCUGGAGGACGGAGCCUCGGAGAAGAACCGCCUGCAGGCGUGCCUGUGCUACAUCUGCUCGGGGAACAUCGAGAAGCUGGUGGAGUGCUGGGCCCAGCAGAGGGACUCGUCCUCCCCUCUCGCACUGGAGGACCUGGUGGAGAAGGUGAUGAUCCUGCGCAAGUCGAUCGAGCGCCUGCGCAACGGGGAGGUGGCCGUGCAGAGCCCCGUCCUGGCCGAGAAGCUGACCCACUACGCCAGCCUGCUGGCCUCGCAGGGCAGUCUGGCCACCGCCAUGAGUUACCUGCCUGACAGCUCCAACCAGGCUAUCAUCCAGAUGCUGCGGGACCGGCUUUUCCAUGCCCAGGGGAUGGGUGCACCGAGCCAGCCGGCCGCCUCCUCUUACCCCAAACCCUCAGCAGGGGGCGCCAGACCAGGUCCUGCUGCGCCUGCUCCUGCACCGGCUCAGAACGCACACAAGCAGCCACAGAAGGUACCAUUCCAGCCCUCCAUGCCCUCACGGAUGCCAGACGCUGGUAUGCCCCCGAUGCCCCACACCUUAACCCCGCAGGCUCCGGACCCCAUGGCCCAACCCCCCACCUCUCACGUGGGCCCCCCCGGCAUGGCCCGCCCUGGCCCCAGGCCCAUGUACCCUCCACAAGUAAACCCUGCACCAGGUUUCCCUCCCUCUCAGCCAUUCCAUCCUCAGAACGUGCCCAUGAGCGCCCCGCCAGCCUUCAUGCCCGCCCCUCUGAUGCCCCUCUCGUCCUCCGCGUCCGCGGGCAGCAUGCCCAUGAUGAGCAACCCCAUGGGGCCGCCGCCACCCGUCGGCUUCAUCCCCACCUCGUCGUCGGUCCCCUCCACGCCCCCCACCAUGCCACCCAACAUCCUACCAGGGGCGCCCAUGCCCAUGCCCAUGUUCCCUGGAGGCCCACACAGCCAAGGGGCAGGACCUCCCCCGAUGCCCGGUGGCUCCUACCCCCCAGUGGGGUCGGGCUACCCUCAGGGUGGACCUGGCGCGCCAGCGUCCAGGCCGGUUAGUGCCCCAACGGUUGCACCCCCUCCGACAGGUUAUUUUCCGUGGCUGAGUCCCCAGUGUGAGGAUGAAGCACAAGAGGGCUGGAACGACCCUCCAGCGGUGAGGGGUGGUCCCAGGAAGAAGAAGGUUCCUGAUAACUACACUCCCCCUGCCCCUAUCACGGCUCCCGUCAUGGGCUACCCAGUGGAGGCCCCCCUGAGCCAGGACCACAUGCAGGUCCCUCCAGGGGCCCCGCAAGAGCCCUCAGUGCAGCUCCUGCAGCAGCUCCCCUCUGAGCGUGUGGAGCAGAAAGAGAUCCCUGCUGAGCACAUGAUCCUCAAGAACACCUUCGACAGCCUGGUGCAGAGAUGCCAGCUGGCUGCAGGAGACCCGCAAACGAAGAGGAAACUUGACGAUGCGGCAAAGAGGCUCAGCCACCUCUACGACAAGCUGAGGGACCAGGCUCUGUCUCCCAGCAUCCUCGGCGGCCUGCACGAGAUCAGCCGCUGCGUGACGGCCCGGAACUAUCAGCACGGCCUGGAGGUGCACACGCAGAUCGUCAGCAGCAGCAACUUCAGCGAGAUCUCUGCCUUCAUGCCCAUCCUCAAAGUGGUAAUGACCAUCGCCAACAAGCUGGGCGUCUGAACACACGACCCCCGGCUCUCCUACCCACAAUCCCUCUCUCCACCCAGAAAUGGAAGAGUGGAAGUGGAUAGUGAGGGGGGGUGUGUGGGCCCUUCCACCACCAAUGACUCCAGUGUUAAAACUCCUAUAAAUAUGAUAUUUAUUUCUUACCGGGUUUGUCUCAUAACAAGAGAGACAAAGAAAACAACUGUAAUGACGUUGCAGUUUUUUUUCUGUUGUGCAGCAGUGAUUCAUUACUUUUGUUUUCCCUUUUUUAUGCGUUUUUUUUUUUUUUAAUUCCAGUGCUGUGAGCCUUUGUUCUCGGAAGAGAGUUGGCAAUGCUGCUGUUGCCAUCACGGUGAUCAUUAGUGAGCAGGGAUUUCUAGAUAGGUAUUUGUAUUUGUUUUUCCUCCUCGUCGCUUUUUAACAUGACCCGUGUUUCCAAAGGUGUACGCCAUGAUUCAGCUCAUGUUCUACAGUAACCUCAAAGCUAAUGGCAAAAUAUAUGAAUUUAGUGAGCUUACAACAUCAGACUCAUAUAUUUCUUUUAAAAUAAGAGUCACUUCACUGGGAUUUAUUAUGGUAGUAUAAGCACAUAGCAAUGGCAAUUUUUUUGUUUCUUGUUUUUUGUUUCAACACUGAUCAUCUUCAGCUUUUUACACAGUAUACAGUUAGCUAUUCAUAUGGGUAAAAAAAAAAAUACACAUUGUGCCAUCAUCUACUUGCGCGGUUAUUUCCGAUUAACAGCACUUCACUGUUCCAGCGAAUGUAGUGAGAUAAGAGUCAGUCUGUUUACCUUAAAUGUUGGGCUUGGUCAUCUAAGUCAGUAGUUCUGAGUGUGUCAUUUCGGUCUUAAGUAAUCAUAUGGAGUGGUAAGGCAGUAGUCUGCUUCCUACUGAUUGACAUCUUUAUGUUUGAGCGCUCCUACCAACUGUCCAAUCUUUGACAGUCAAAAGUGGUAACUGUACUUGCUCAAGUGUGUGUGUGUGUGUGUGUGUGUGUGUGUGUGUGUGUGUGGCGCGUGCGUGCGUGCGUGGGUGUGCGCCUGUUCCUGUGCAGCUUGGAGUUUGUCAUUUGGUUGCUGGGCUUUCCUAUACCAACCAUACCACAUGACGAGUUAUGAUCUUGUCUGCUGCAUUGCAUUUUGAGCGAGAUCGCCGCGGGUGAUUCUGUGGUUCUUGCGUCCCAGACUGCGGCGGUCACUCUGGGUCAAAUGUGGCCCUGAUGUGGAAGUUUCUGGGUCUCGGUUUCAAAUCUGACCCAAGGUCAGAGGUUGAAUUGGGGUGCUUACAUGUUGAGCGGGUUAUGUCUAUCCAGGUUAAUUGCCUGACAAUUUAAACAUGGAUAUGAAUGAAUUGAGUCAUUGUGGUGUUUCUUUUUCAUACAUGUUUUAGUAUUUAGAUUCCUUUGAGAUCUGGAUCAUUCAGUCUUUGGAAGGAGAGUCCCCCUUAUGCUCGUGAUCUAGAAUGAUGAGUGGUGAAGAUGAUAUUUGAGAAAUGUAUAUAUAUUUUUUUUCCUUAGGUAUAGCACCAAACAUGAAUGUGCGUGAAUAACAUACCACGAAUGUUGUGGAAUUGUUGAAAUGUAAGUUAUGGGGAAAAAAGAUUGAGAAAAAACAACACCCUUUAUGAAGAUGUCAUGCUGGAUAUGCAAUGUGUACAAAUUCUGUAAAAAAAAGAAAAAGAAAAGACAAGAAAACGCCUGAUCAGCCUGUUCAGGUCUAUGUUAGUGGACAUAGAACCGAAAAGGUCGAUCAGUAUAGAGGGGGUUUUUUUUUCUGUCAAUGUGCGGUGUCAAAAAAGUGAUAUGAACACAAAUGCCUCAGAACUGUGAGGAAGGCUGACAAAGUGCCUCUGUGCUUCGUUCAUUUUUCUCCCACAUACAACUAACCUGUAUUUAUACUGUCCUGUACUGCAAAUGUUGUCAUUCAUCCUGUAUUCUGCUUUUCUUAUAAAACAUGCUAAUUGGA